AUGAAUCGCAGGGCUGAUUUUCAAGAGCCAAAUGCUAAAGUUACAAGACCAAUUCCCCACAUAGGGGCUGAUUACAUCCCAACAGAGGAAGAAAGAAGAGGCUUUGCAGAAUGCAAUGAUGAAAGCUUCUGGUUCAGAUCUGUGCCUUUGGCUGCAACAAGUAUGUUGAUUACUCAAUUAUUAAUUAGUAAAGGAAUCCUUUCAAGUCAUCCCAAAUAUGGUUCCAUCCCUAAACUCAUAUUUGUUUGUAUUAUGGGAUACUUUGCUGAAAAGCUUUUUUAUGUGAAAACUUGCCAAGAGAAGUUCAAGACUCUUGAGACUUCCCCUCUUGGAGAAGUUUUAUGAUCAAGACAGGUAUGAUGAUCUUUACCACCUGGGCACUAUUCUCAAAAGUCAAAAUAUGACUCAAAUGUGAGUGAUCAUUCAUCUUUUGUGACAUCCUCAGCAGAAGACAACAUGGCAAAAGAGAUGAUUCCUCACCCUGGCCAAGGCCCAUUUAGUACUUCUAUGAAUGAAUCUACUCCCACUGGUAUUACUGAUCAUAUUGCCCAAGUGAAAGUAAACAAAUAUGGAGGCACCUGGGAUGAGUGA